UUUGUAUUGCAAUAAGAAAGACUUGAAAAGUUAUACUUAAUUUGAUAAAAUAGUACAAAGAGCAUUUUCUUAGUUUUUUCUUGGAUUUCAAGGAGAUGAAGAGAUUUUAGUAAUGUAAGAACUAUAACCAAUCAAUUAUUAGGAAAUCAAUAGAGGGAUUCAAGUAUUAAAAGCUAUAAAAGGAACUAAAAUACAUUAUAAUUGAUAGAUGCUAUUUCAAAUUAGAAUAAGAAAUAUAAUGUAAAAUUUAUUAUAAAUAUCUAAUUAGUUCGAAUUUAUUACAUUUAUUGGAAAGCUUAAUUUACGAAAGAUAAAAUGAUACAAGUACUAAUUGCUAAAAGUAUUUAAAUAAAAGGCUUUAAAUUAAGUACAUAGAUGUCAAGAUGCCUAAUAUUAUAAUAAAGGAAGAUUUCGACUUUAUUUAAUUGAUUUAUGCUUGGGAUAGUUUAAUAAUUCAACAAAAAGACAUAAUACUAGAGUUGGAACUCGUUAUCAUAAGAUUUUAAUUAAAUAUUAAAUAGAAUUUCUAAAUUAAUUAACAAGUAUGAUGCUUCAGAAAUAUUUUUUCCUAAAGGGAAAUAAUAAUUAUUAUGAGUUAGAUAAAACUGUUGCUACUUUUGGCAUUGAAGAUCUUCUUAAAUAUUAAGAAAAAUUUGGUAAAUUAUUUAUUUAUGUUUAAGACACUCCAAAAGCCUUUAAAAUAUUUAUAAAUACAGAGG